AUGACCACGCUAGCCGCUCUACUCGAAACCAUAGAAUGCAGACGGCAAAGAUUCUUAAACUUUUUGCUAUUCAGUGAUUUAAACGCCUUAGAAUAUCCACUGCCUGCGCUUCCAUCUGAAGAGUUGCUAAGCCGCCGCUCGCUGGGCGCCGGGGGUGACCACGUGGUACCGUCCGACGGCAUGCUGACAUCACUGUACCUUCACUAUACCGUCACUACACUACACUUCACUGAAUAU